AUGAGUUUUGUGAUAGAUUCUACGAAUACGACGGAAAGUGAGACAUUAGACUCGUCCGUUCAGACGCCAACUAUAGUCACUACUCAUGAUUCCAAACUCCGAAAAGAAAAACUAACUGAAGCUGACGGCGAUAUCGAAAUGGUGUACAUAAUCCCUGCAGCAGUGGCAUUCGCCUCCUUUAUCGUAUUCCUUCUGCUUUGUUUUAUAGUAAUACAGGUAACAAAAAGAAAAAGAAGACAUAAACGAAAAAGACAAGAUAAGGAGAAAAAGCACGUUAGAGCAUCAGCGGUAAAAAAGCCUAAAACACGAACCAAAACUGCCGAAAGAGCGAAAAAAUUGAUAAGGCAGAAGAAAUUUUUGGAAUCAUUUCUGCACGAUCGAGAACUGAAAAGCGAUCGUGAGUCGGAUCCUAAAGAAGCGAAGAGAAAGGCAACAAACAUCACUAAGAAGAAAGUCACUGCUGGAUCAGCGGAGGGAAAAGAUGAAAGCGAAAUUGACAAAGAACUCGAAAGACAGAGAAGAGAAGCAUACGACAACGUAGGACUGGACUCAGAGGAAGACGAAUCCGUUCCCAAAAUGAAAUCCGAGACAAAGCGUAGCUCCUCGAAAAGUUCCGUGGAAUCAAGCGAUGAGAAACGGAAGGAUGGGCCGAAAGAGCUUGCCGAUUCGAAGGAAAAUAUAAAAGCGUUACCUGAUGAUGACUGGAAUAGAAAUAAGGAUAAAACAGACGAAUACGUGGAUAUUGUUGCGCAUGCCGUACAAACGCUGUCCAUAGACUAA